GCAGGACCCUCGUUUAUUUCUACCCUCUGGAGAUCUUUGUAUUCUUGUUCACGCUCUCUCGCGCCUUUGGACCUGUCAACAUAUGCCGAUCUCGGCUUGUUCAUCUCUCCCGGGCGCGCGCAAACCGCAGAAAUGGCUUCAGAGCCGGGCCCACUCAUGGAGUUUCUAGGCCAGGCCGCCUACCAUUACGAAAGUAUGCGACCUCUUUUGCCAACGUAUAUCCAUCUUCUGGUGUCGGCCAUUUUCCCCAUCUACACGGCCGCUCACGCCUCGUUAACUAGACCACCGUCCGCGGCAGCCAAGAAAUCGAAGAAACCCGCCGAUGGGGAAGCCGAAGAACGCGAUGACGAGGAUUCCCAAACAAGAAUUGAAAGCCUGACCCCUUCUGACGCGAUAUUGUUUCCCGUCUUGGCUGGUAUCACACUGGCAUCGCUCUACUUUAUUCUCAAGUGGCUCCAAGAUCCCGCUUGGCUCAACUGGGCCCUGGGCAUUUACUUCUCACAGAUUGGCUUGUUCUUCGCCAUGAAGUUCCUGAAGGACGGCUUCUCUGUGAUGCGGUCCUUUUUACUUCCAAAUGAGUAUUCUUGUUCAGGAAUGCUGUGGAAGGUGGACCAGCAGCAACGGUGCUUCCAGACAGAGAACGGCUCGCGGAACAGCUCACCGUUUCCGGGUUUAGCAGGACAAAUUCCUCUACCCUCUUCCGCUGUAUCGCUUAUCUGGAAUCUACGAGCGAUACUUUACACGAAGGCCCGGCUCGAAUUCCACGUUCACGAAUUGAUUACUAUCAAGACAUUAGUGGAAAUUCUUGACAUCAUCAGCCUCGUACUCUCCGGCGGCAUCGUCUAUAUUCACACAUUCGUCUCAAAACCAUGGUUCCUGACCAACAUCCUUGGUUUCUCCUUCUGCUACGGCUCUUUGCAGUACAUGACACCUACAACAGCCUGGACUGGCACCCUCGUGCUGAGCGCACUCUUCUUCUACGAUAUUUACUUCGUGUUCUUCACCCCCAUGAUGGUCACUGUGGCGACCAAAUUAGACGUACCGAUAAAGCUGCUCUUCCCUCGACCCGAUGGUUGCGUGUUUCCUGUGGGCGCGCCUGAAGGUUCGCCAGCAAUGGAAGAGUACUUGCAGUGUCUGGCGAAGAAAAGAACAAUGGCCAUGUUAGGGUUAGGGGAUAUCGUCGUGCCAGGGAUGAUGCUGGCCUUUGCCUUGAGAUUUGACUUGUACUUGUAUUAUCUUCGGCAAGCUAAGGAAGGACAGCAAGCAGGGGAGGAUGCGUCGAAGCCGACAUACACCAGCGCGACAGGAUCAUGGGGAGAACGUUUUUGGACCACCUCGAAAUUAUGGUCGAAGGGGAUGAAGGCCAAGCGAUUCCCCAAACCGUAUCUUCGCGCCACAAUAUUAGGAUAUCUCACUGGAAUGGUGGUGACGGUGGUUGUGAUGCAGGUUGCACAACAUGCCCAGCCCGCACUGCUCUACCUUGUGCCUGGGGUCCUGCUAUCGUUCUGGGGCACCGCUCUGGUGAAAGGGGACUUGAAGGAGCUUUGGCAUUACAGUGAGCACCCAGAGGACGACGACAAGAAACCCAAGGAAGCAAAAGAGGACAAAGGCUUGUUGGCGGCAACCAGCGAGGACAGCAUUGAUGAAAAGGCGAUAACCAACAGCGCAGGAGCCAGUAAAGCCGAGGGCACUGAUCCAGUCAAAACGCAGGACACUAUGUCUGCGAACGACAACCAAGAAACCGUGAAGAGAGAUUCUGAGAAGACCUGCCGGCGCCUUAUCCACUUUUCAAUCACAUUACCCGAUCCAACUCCACAGGCUCAAUCGACCGACGAGAAAGCGUGUCCCAAGCCGAUGACCGCUGAUGAGAGGUCAGACAGGACCGUGGCUGCUAACGAGACCGAGGGAAAUGGAGGAAUGGGCAGAAGUUGGGAGCGAAAGGACGACGGCGAACCGCCUGGCAAACGUGCCAGAAAAUCAUGAUGAGCCCUAAGGGAACCACGAGCUAUCUGCAGAUAGACCAUCAAAAUGCAAAGCGACGGACCUGGCACGGUAGGCAGCUUCGAAGGGAGGAAUGGAGGCAUGAAGACAAAGUUUGGCGGCAUCACAGGGGCAUGGUGGAGACAUCGUCAGGUUCUCAAUGAUUUAUUCCAUCCCUGUGAAUGACCUUGAGUGUGCUCUUUUCCCUUCACCCAUUUUAUUUUGCUUUCACCGUUACCAUGUUGGAUCAUGUCCGUCUCUCAUUCGUCACUCAUGUCGAGUCUAUUUGUUCAUCUCUUGUGCCUGAG